AACUUGGGAGGACUGUGCCCUGAGCACCAGGCGCCCCGCUGCCCUGCCCUCGAGUGGUGCCGGGGCGACUCCCUGUUGCGUCGUGAGAGCUGGGCUCUGUCUUUCUGGCCGAGCCGACUUCCAGAGGAGCCCCGGGUGCGAGAAGCCGGCCGGACCAGGGCGGGCCACCCUCGCGGCCCGGCUCUUCCGGCGGCGAGUGCCUCGUGUCGCCGAGACCAUCGGCCCCCGUCUCCCUCUCCCCGCAGGUCCAACUGCGCCGAGAACAUCCGCAAGCACAUCCUGCACACAGGCAAGCACGAGGGCGUCAAGAUGUACAACUGCCCCAAGUGCGAGUACGGCACCAACGUGCCCGUGGAGUUCCGGAACCACCUGAAGGAGCAGCACCCCGACAUCGAGAACCCGGACCUGGCCUACCUGCACGCAGGCAUCGUGUCCAAGUCGUACGAGUGCCGGCUCAAGGGCCAGGGCGCGGCCUUCGUGGAGACCGACAGCGCGUUCACCGGGGCUGCGGCGGCGGCGGCGGCGGCGGGGGGCGCGGGCCGGCGGGGGCCGCGGGGCGCGGGGCGGCGCGGGGAAGCGCUGCCGCAGCUCAUCAUCGUGCAGGGCUGCGAGGCCGAGCUGGCGCUGGACGCCGUGGAGGGCCUGGCGCUGGCCGGGCAGGGCCCGCGGGUGCUGCACCUGACGGAGGGCGGCCACCUGCUGGCCGCAGACCCCCCGGCGCCCGACCCCGCGCCCCCCGACGCCCCCGCGCAGCUGCUGCUGCUGGAGCCCGCGGCCCCCGGCCCCGCGCCCGGCCCCGAUGCCGCCUCCGCACUGGACGCCCUGCUCUGCGCCGUGUCCGAGCUGGGCGCCGACGACCGCACACCCAAGGAUGUGCUGCUGCAGCUGCCGCCCCCCGGACCCCCCGAGCCGCCCGAGGCCCCCGAGGCCCGCGCCCAGGCCGCGCUGCGCAAGGUGGUGCAGGGGGUGCUGCAGCUGGCCGUGUGCGAGCCGGGCCCGCUGGCCAAGGACGCCGUCACCCAGCUCAUCCUGGACGGCGACGCGCAGAUCAUCAUGCAGGAGGCGGCGGGCGCGGGGCCGGACCCGGGGGAGCCCGGGGCGCGAGCGGAGGUGUCCCAGCUGGUGGUGUCCGAGGAGCUGGUGCAGGCCGUGGUGCAGGAGGCCGCCGGGGCCUUCCCCGAGGGUGCCACCCACUACAUCGUCACCCAGCUGCCGCCGGGCGCCCACGACGGCCCCGCCAACUUCUCCCCCGACCUGCUGCACCAGGCUGCCGGCCCCGGGUCUGAGCCACUCGCCAGCAUGGUCAUCUACACGCAGGACGGCGCCGCCACCCUCAUCCAGAGCCACAGGGAUGGCGCCGAGCUGCAGGAAGCCUGAAGGGGACGGCAGUGGGGACAUGGGAGUCCAGCCCCAGGGGACACAUGGGGAGUCCAGCCCCAGGGGACACGGGGAGUCCAGCCCCAGGGGAUGCACGGGCAGUCCAGCCCCAGGGGACACGGGGAGUCCAUCCCCAGAGGACACAGGGAGUCCAGCCCCAGGGGACACAUGGGGAGUCCAGCCCCAGGGGACACAUGGGCAGUCCAGCCCCAGGGGACACACAGGGAGUCCAGCCCCAGGGGACACACAGGGAGUCCAGCCCCAGAGGACACAAGGGGAGUCCAGCCCCAGGGGACACACGGGGAGUCCAGCCCCAGGGGACACAGGGAGUCCAGCCCUGGGGGACACACAGGGACUCACAGAGAUGCUCAGCCCCAGUAGGGGCCUGUCCCUGGGGCCCCGGCUCAGCCCGGCAAGGUGACAUGGACCGCCCCGCCGGAGAGGGACAGGAGGUGCCUGGGACUUGGCCCCUUCCAGGCUUCUGAGGACAAGGACUCCCACCCGGGGCUGCCCCUCCCCACAGCGGUUCCCUCCCCCUGCGGGAAGGCGGGUCUGAGGACACAGUUGCUCCGUGGGUCCUGCCUGUGCUGAGCAGUGCCCUGCCCCCACCGGGCAGUCAGCCCCCAUGUUUUCAUUUGUUUCUUCUUUCUUUCUUUUCUGAGGGGGUGCAGAGUGGCCGAGCCCCCAGACCAGAGGAAGCCCGGGGGCUGUGUGGGCAGCGACUCCCCCCACAGACGCACCUGGAAGCCAGGGUCCCUGCGCCUAUGUGGCCCCGUAUGAAAUGCGCCCUGGGUGCAGGACCUCCUGGCAGGGGGAGGGAGGUCACGUGGAAGGAGGGUGUUCCCAGCCCCUCCUCAGUGCACCCGCACCCCGGGGCGGGGCAGCCUUCCUUCCAGCCACCAUUUCUGGCUGCUCCCUCCCACUUCUCCCUUUUCUGGGAUUGUACCCCCGACGCCCCCAGACGCCAAGGUUGUUCUGUUCCUUUGUUCUUUGAAAUAAACUGAGCGCAGAGGC